AUGGGAUACUACAAUGGUACUCCUUUUGUCAUCUCUGCUAUCUAUGGAUUUAAUGAUGGAACCCAAAGAAGACUUCUCUGGCAGCAUCUUAGGGACCUUGAUUCUAACUAUGGAUCUUUCCCUUGGAUUCUUGGUGGAGACUUCGACAUAUUCCUUCAAUCUUUUGAAAGUUCUGAUCAUGAAUUUCUGGGCACUUAUUCUUCUACUGAUAUGAAAGAUUUUCAAGAAACUCUCAAUGACCUUCUUCUCCAUGAUCAUCCAUUUUUUGGGCCAACUUACACUUGGAGCAACAAACAAAAAGACACUUUUCUUGCUAGAAAACUUGACAGAGUUCUCAUAAAUUCUGCUUGGAUAAACUCUUUUCAAAAUUCUUUUGUUGAAUUUAUGGCUCCUGGUCCUUCAGAUCAUUGCAUGGUCCUUACUUGGAUUAACAAAGAAUCUCCUAUUAACCGCCCAAAGCCUUUCAAGUUUUUUAACUUCUGGAAUACUCAUCCGAAUUUCCUAUAUGAAGUUCAUCAGUCUUGGCAGCAGCCUGUGCAAGGUAACUCUAUGAAAGCUCUUUUCCUUAAGCUUAAACGCCUUAAGACUUGUUUGAGGAAUAUCAAUAAGCAGUAUUUUAACAACAUUUCUGAUAGGGUGAAACAAAAGAAAGAUGAGCUAGAACAUUUUCAACUUUUAACUCUUAAGGGGAAUAGUUCCAUUGACACUGAACUGAAAAUUCAGACUGAGCUUUCAACUCUUGAAGCAGUAGAAAACAUGUUUCUUAAGCAAAAAUCCAAAGUCCAGUGGCUCAAAGAGGGGGAUAAAUGUUCAAAAAAUGUCCACUCUAUCAUUGCUUCAAAAAACAAAAGGGAAACCAUUAGAGUUCUUACAAAUGAUCAACGUAGCAUACUAGAAAACUUUGAUGAUAUGGCUUUUGAAAUAAUUGUGUUCUUAAAAAAAAACAAUUGGGUACUGCUGACAAAAAUGUUAAAGACAUUGACCCAAAUACUCUGA